GGAAAAACUUCCAGGAUAGAAGCAUAUCAGCAAAGUCUCUUGGGCUCUCAGCUCUCAGGUUAAACUUGACUGAAUAGAUUACUCCACAUCAGUUCGACCCUCAAAUGAUAGAUAUGCAUGUAGAAUCCGAUCCUUGUGAGGAAAGCUCUCCCCUUCUGUGUGUUCAAAGAGUUCAAUGACACGGCUGACAGCAGUAUGAGUCAGCAGAAAUAUGAGAACACAAUUAGAAUAUUUUAGUUAUUUGUGGACAAAUGUGUCAACAUUUAAUUUAAAUUGAAUAAAUAUGAACUUUACUUUUUACACAACUAAUAAGUAAAAGCAUCAACUAACCUGCAGUGCAUUCCUCAACACAAGGCAAAAAUGUAUUGACAGUAGCAAACGAUCAUCACAGUUGUGGACGCCAUCUUGCCAGUCUUGAUCGCUACACCAUGUCACAGUUGGGGCAAACUUUCCUGUAUGUCGAUGUACCUAAAAGGAUAAAAAAAACAUGUUACAAUUACAUCCUAGAGCUGGAAUGAUGGAAACUACAGUUAACUAUAUUUCUAAUCAAAGCAUUGAAAAUUGCAAACCUUUAACUACACCAUUAUGAGUCACUAUUUUAGCAGUUGCAGUUAUCAGCUGAGGACCAACAAGAGUGUUCUGUCCACAUUGUGUGCAUGUAGUCUCAGAUGGAAUGAGAUGUGUGGGGAAUCCAUGAGAGUCUUGGCGUCUCUGCUGCUGGUGAUCAGUGUUUUGGAAGAUCGGAAGGUAUUUUCUUGUGAGCAAUCAAAUACUUGAUCAUCCUUUCAGCUGCUGGAUCUGGAUAAAACGCUUAUAUUGGGUGAAAUCUGCCUAGCCAUCCAUCUCCUCGCAUUGUUUUAUUUUGAAACGUAUUUAAUUUUGAAAAAAGGAAGUGGGAUCCUCCCCUUUAAACUCUUAUCUUCCUGUUGAACCACGAGUUGUUUUGAACGUUCAACUUUGGAAGCCAUCGAGACACGACCUAGAAGCUGUGCUGUUCUGAGAUAACUCGGUGGACUUGCUGUUAGCUAAACACGGCUAAAGAAAACCUGCUACCACUUCAGGAUCAUCCAUCAGCUGGGACUGAUUCAUCGUGUGUUCUUCACCACCUGGACCUGGACAGCAUGGACACAGAUUUUCAACAGAUGGUUCUGGUUAAAUAAGAAGCUUCAGAAGAACAGAGUGCUCGUGUCAACCACCAGCACCUAGAUUUUCUCCACAAAAAGGAGGAACAGGAGAAACUCUUGUCUAGUAUGGAGGGAGAGCAUCUCCAUUUGAAUAAGGAGACUGAUGCUGCCAGGCUUCAAUCCUUUAGCCAAAAAACACAUUUAAACAAACACACGAGAGUCCAGACAAAGCAGAAACAUUUUGCCUGUGAGCACUGUGGACAAAGGUUUCACCAAAAGACUAAUUUAACCACACACAUGAGCGUCCACACAGGAGAGAAGCCUUUUGCUUGUGAGCUCUGUGGAAAAAGAUUUAGCCAAAAGACACAUUUAAACAGUCACAUGAGAGUCCACACAGGAGAGAAAUCUUUUGCUUGUGAGCUCUGUGGAACGAGAUUUAGCCGAAAGACAAACUUAACCACACACAUGAAAGUCCACACAGGAGAUAAGCCCUUUCCUUGUGAGCUCUGUGGAAUGAGAUUUAGCCAAAAGUCAACUUUAAACAGUCACAUGAGAGUCCACACUGGACAGAUGCCUUUUGCUUGUGAGCUCUGUGGACAAAGAUUUAGCCAAAAGACACAUUUAAACAGUCACAUGAGAGUCCACACUGGAGAUAAGCCCUUUCCUUGUGAGCUCUGUGGAACGAGAUUUAGCCAAAAGGAACAUUUAAACAGUCACAUGAGAGUCCACACAGCGCUGAAGCCCUUUCCUUGUGAGCUCUGUGGAACGAGAUUUAGCCAAAAGACACAUUUAAACCGUCACAUGAGAGUCCACACAGGAGAGAAAUCUUUUGUCUGUGAGCUCUGUGGAACAAGAUUUAGCCAAAAGUCGACUUUAAACAGUCACAUGAGAGUCCACACUGGAGAGAAGCCUUUCGCCUGUGAGCUGUGUGGUAAUAGAUUUAGUGAAAAGGGAAGGUUAAACACACACAUGAGAGUCCACACAGGAGAUAAGCCCUUUCCUUGUGAGCUCUGUGGAACGAGAUUUAGCCAAAAGACUAAUUUAAACAGUCACAUGAGAGUCCACACAGGAGAGAAAUCUUUUGCUUGUGAGCUCUGUGGAACGAGAUUUAGCCGAAAGACAAACUUAACCACACACAUGAAAGUCCACACAGGAGAUAAGCCCUUUCCUUGUGAGCUCUGUGGAAUGAGAUUUAGCCAAAAGUCAACUUUAAACAGUCACAUGAGAGUCCACACUGGACAGAUGCCUUUUGCUUGUGAGCUCUGUGGACAAAGAUUUAGCCAAAAGACACAUUUAAACAGUCACAUGAGAGUCCACACUGGAGAUAAGCCCUUUCCUUGUGAGCUCUGUGGAACGAGAUUUAGCCAAAAGGAACAUUUAAACAGUCACAUGAGAGUCCACACAGCGCUGAAGCCCUUUCCUUGUGAGCUCUGUGGAACGAGAUUUAGCCAAAAGACACAUUUAAACCGUCACAUGAGAGUCCACACAGGAGAGAAAUCUUUUGUCUGUGAGCUCUGUGGAACAAGAUUUAGCCAAAAGUCGACUUUAAACAGUCACAUGAGAGUCCACACUGGAGAGAAGCCUUUCGCCUGUGAGCUGUGUGGUAAUAGAUUUAGUGAAAAGGGAAGGUUAAACACACACAUGAGAGUCCACACUGGAGAGAAGCCUUUCGCCUGUGAGCUGUGUGGUAAUAGAUUUAGUGAAAAGGGAAGGUUAAACACACACAUGAGAGUCCACACAGGAGAGAAGCCCUUUCCUUGUGAGCUUUGUGGAAAGAAAUUUAGCUUAAAGACAACUUUAAACAGUCACAUGAGAGUCCACACUGGACAGAAGCCUUUUGCUUGUGAGCUCUGUGUAAAAAGAUUUAGCCGAAAGACACAUUUAAACAGUCACAUGAGAGUCCACACUGGACAGAAGCCUUUUGCUUGUGAGCUCUGUGUAAAAAGAUUUAGCCAAAAGUCACAUUUAAACAGACACAUGAGAGUCCACACUGGCUUUUCACCUGUGAGUUCGGUGGAAAAGAUUUACCCAAAAGAUCAGUUUAAACGGUCACAAAAGAGUCCAUAAAGGACAGAAGCCUUUUGCUUGUGAGCUCUGUGGACGAAGGUUUAGCUGAAAGAAAACUUUAAACAAUCAUCAAUCAUUGCCCUGAUCAUCUAAGCAUCUACUAGGGCUGAACGAUCUAUUGCAGGGGUCUCCAACCUUUUUUUGGCCCGUGGGCUAGUUUUACACAAUGAAGUACAGCAGAGUUACUGCCAUAUGAUUUAUUUACAUUGAUACUUUCCAUGUGUGAAUGUGUUUAUGUUAAACAUGCUAUACUUACUAUAUUAACAUGCAUUGUACUCACAAGUUGAUUUCUCUGUAUUUCAGUACAUCAGUAUAUAUAUUUUAAAAGUAUAAGUAAACUAGUGACAUUCUGAAAACCAAAUUAAACAAAACAUAUUUAGUUUUUUAAACUAAUCGGAUACUUUCAGAUAAUGAAUAACAAAUCUACUUCAUGUGAAUGAUUUGGUAAUUUUUUUUAGAAGUUUAGUAACAUACCCUAAAUCCUCUAAUACAGGCCUGUAUUCAAUUAACGGCCGGGUCUCAUAUUUUGGCCGGUGUCGGCUGAGGUGAAUAAUGGCCGGUCUCUUAUUGUGGCCGGGUGGAAUGUGGUAACAAGCAAGUACGGGGGCGGUUGUGUCAUCGUCUCACUUUUGAUUUGCCAGUGAUAGACCGCAAGGGUAACUUUAACCGUGCGGAGACGAAGAGGAGGCGAAAAUUUGAUAUCAAGUUCAAAGAGAACGUGCGCUGCAGAACACUGGGGAGCAAUAGGGGUUGUAUGAACUAGUCGACUUCACUAUAGUGACUUUUUAUGUCUGUCAUUCACUAGUCGCUGUCACGUGAUAAUGACCGGCAAGAUGCAGCCCUCGGAAAAGACAGCAGCCUGCUGUCAGCAGGUGACAAGCUCCUGCUUUCUGGGGGGGCAACACGCUGUGCCAGAGCGUCAGUACUGACACGCGAUCGUUCAUGUCGGUUCAUUUCCUUUAAUGUUUUCUGUCUUUUAUUUGCGCCUGAUGGGUUUCGCUGCUGUGGAGCGGGGCGCAUCACCUUGUCCUCCGGUGACGCACCGAUCACUGAUGCGGCCGCCAAGCAGGGAGCACUCCGCUGUUUUUGCGGUCGGUAGAUCUGCGUCCUGAGCAUGGCCACAGUAACAUUAUCAAAUCAGGUGUUGCCACCUCAAAAGCUAAUUUAACAUGCGAUCGUUCAUAUUGGUUCAUUUCCUUUAAUGUUUUCUGGUAGAUCUUUUAGAACUGCAGUUCAAAGGUAACUCAUAAGGUGAAUAUAUAUGAACCCAGGUAGCAGUUUCCCUUUAGGAUUGAGAGGAGAUGCAGGAAGAUAAUAAACAGACAGGACAGAAAAAUAGUCAAAUAAAAACAAGUUAGUUUUUGUACCUGGUUGCAACAAACAGACACCAUUGAAGGUAAUCAGAAGUGAGGAACAAAAAAUGAAAUAAUUAUUUUAAUGUUUAAAGCAGCAGGAACUCUGAGGCUGCAGGCGCAUCAGUGAGUUUGUGGCCGCUGCGCAGGGGGAGGGGGGAGAGGGCUAAAGCAGAAACUACCGUUGUUAAAAGAAAUGUGUUAAACUUUGAAAAUGUGGGCGCAAUUUUAAUUGUCAAAAACUCCAGCGAACCAUUAGUUCAUUUUGCUCAAAUAGAAAUAGAGGCCUGCCUCUAAUACUGGCCCUCCUUCCAAUAAAGGCCUGGAGCUUGAUGAGCUUGAGUCAAAUACAGGCCCGGGCCUGUAUUAGAGGAUUUACAGUAACUUUUUAAGCGCACAGGAACAGCUUACCUGUAAAGCUGAUGAUAUUUUAAAUAAAAUACAAGCUAAAUGUGAUGAAAACACAAAAGUCUAAAUAGUUUGAAUUGAAGUAAAAAAUGUAAAAUCAGAAAUGAGACUUGUUCCUGCUCCUGAUGUACUGAAUAAUUUUUAUGGUUUUUUUUUUUGGUCAUGAAAGUUGAGUUUUGCUGCGUUUAUUGCUGACAAUAUGAAGGUUGGAGGUUUAUCCUUUUUUCUGCAUCUUGUACGUUUUUUUCUCCGCACGUCUCUAAAUAAAGUAAAAUUUUCUAGUGCAGAGUGGAGACAACCCAUAGAAGCACUGAUUUGAUCUCAUUUCAGAGAAAAAUAGAACAGGUUAGAUGCACCUAAUAAAUAAAAUUAUAACAAACUCAGGAAUCUGUUUCUUUGCUUCACUGUUCUGGUGCUGAGAAUAUCACUAAUGCGGAUCAAAGGAGAUACACAGAUGAAUGCACCUCUUAUUUAUUAUUUGGAAACUACAUUUACUGCAGCUGGCAGAGGCAGAGAUUUUUUCUGUUGAUACACGGAAUUUACAGAAUCAUUUUAAAUGUUAAUAGGGGAAGACUGCAGGAGGGAGCGGUAAAAUACAGGGGGUCCCCAGCAAAAACAAACUUUACGAGUCUGAUGAAACCCGCUGGUUUUCCAUCAGGCAGUCACGGGGCAGCUCCAACGACCCAGUGGCUGUGCUGGGUCAAUGUUAUCGAGCUCAGUCGAGGUGACGUCGUGCUCUGCUUAAGAAGAGGUGUUAUUUUCCCGCUUCAGAAGAAGCGUUCAACGUGUUUUUACGCUUUCUCCGAGACAUGUCACGUCGCUAAGUUGUUAGCGCCGCACGAUAACACGUCAAUAGUGCAGCGUAGCCUGCUGGAGGUUAUAAGGGUCCAGAUGAAAACACCCGACCUCUCAGGCUGCUCACACAUCGAUCUUAAGUUGUCGCAUUUGCGCUCACAUCGUAAUACAGUAUUAGAUAAAUUUUACAUGAAUAAGUGAUGCUUAUCCUGGUGGGGAGAGGAAACCCUGUCAAGAUCGUCAACACUCAUUUAUCUUAAUGCUAUUGAAACAUGUAAACCAAAAAGCAUUAUAUCCACUGCUACCUUUAUGCUGUAACUUCACCCUGCCCUGCCUGCUCCUCCUUGCUGCCUGCCGGCUGUGAUCACAAGCGACAACAUAGUAGUUCCUGCUGCUUCCUCGUGAAACAGCUAAAAAAAUAUUUAAAACUUGGGAUCUUGUAGGCGUGGCGGUGGGAUUUCAGACGUGGCGGGCCGCCACGGCUACGCCUAUGUAAGGGAAACCCUGGUGUAGUUACUGUGUAAAGCAGUAUAUACUAGGAAUGAUUAAUAAAAAUAAAAACUAGAAUUGAACCUGAGUUACAUAGUAAUAACAAUUUAAGAACUCAAAAACAAUUCACUAACUUACUAAGUAAUUACCAUGUAAGUACUAGGUAAUUAGAGGACUAAAAGAAAGCGCUACCAAUAAUUGUACUUAAUAUGCUUUUAUUUUUGUGUGCUAUGUUCUUUGUCAAUAUUCUUUGAUUUUAUUUUGCACAACAUGAUGUGACAUUUUAACUAUUUCAUUUCACUUGUGAUUGUUUUAACUAUGUGAAGCACAUUGGGCUACCGUUUUGUGUAUGAAAUGGGCUAUAUAAUAAACUUGACUUGAGAGAGA